AUGUCUGUCCUCCUUAUCUCAGCCCUAUGCGGGGUUCUGAUCUUCACCCCUACUGGUGGUCAGUCUACCACUAAUCCAGCGACUGUCGGCAGUAGCACUACUACUUCUAUCUCUUCAACGGUCGUCACUACUACUGGACAGUCUACCACUGCUCCAGCUACAAUCGGCAGUAGCACUGUCACUCCCGCAUCCUCAACAACCGUCACUACUGCGGUGACUACACCGGCUACUACUACGGUCAGCGAGGAUGUGGUGAUGCGUACUUGUGACGUUUAUUGCCGAGGCCUCAAUGGUCCCGAGUCGUUCUGUAAGAACUGGUUAGAUGAUGCUGUGUGCCAGGGUGGUAACCAACCCUGUGGAACUCUUGACGUAUGCGGGCCAGCAGUGUCGACUGGUACAACGUUCCAUCCACGAUGCGAUGAGAUGUGUCAGAGUCUGAACGAUGUUACUUCCUACUGCAAGUGGUGGAUGGACAUUCCUGUCUGUCAAGGUGGUGAUCAGCCAUGUGGUGACGUGUCCAUCUGCACAGCACAGACUUGGCCGCCUGCAAGCACUCCUCCUUUCAUCAACGGUCCUCAUCAGUAUCAUUCCCCGACCUGUGAUACGUACUGCCAAGGUCUCAAUGACGAGGGUUCUUAUUGCAAGUGGUGGGCGGCCGAGCCUGUGUGUCAGGGAGGUAACCAGGCGUGCACUCCUGACGUUUGUGGUGUCGGAGAGGCUACACCUGCAACCACUACGGAUACCUUCCAUAUGGGCCAGAACGCCAAUUGCGACGCUUAUUGUGAGGAUAUAAACCCCGAGAUGAUUUUAGAGAAGUCUCACUGCAAGUGGUGGCUCCAUAUCGCCGUUUGCCACCAGGGUGAUCAAGUAUGCACUCCUAGUGUGUGUGAGAAUUAUACUCCGUCUCCAUGA